AUGGCAACUAAGUUUGUACUUGUAUUGUGCGCUCAAGCACUUUUGAUUCAGUGUGCAGUGAGUCAAAUUUCUUACAACCCACUUCGCCCUGUCUACUCUGGAAUUCCAUCUUUGGGUGCUAUUAGUGGUAGCUCCAUUGUUGAAAAUACCGUCGUUGAGAAUUCCGUUGCCAUUGGCAACAGUGGAUGGGGAUUGGCCAACAAUGGCUUGAUUGGUUCCGGACUCGGUCUGGCCAACGCUGGUGUUGUUAGCUCUGGACUUGGUUUGGCCAAUACUGGAAUAAUUGGAUCUGGACUCGGCUUGGCCAAUACUGGUGUCAUCAGCUCUGGUUUAGCCAACUCUGCUGUAAUCGGUAACACUUUACUGCCUGCCCCUAGCGCUGCAUUCCUGGAUAUCACGUCAUUCUCUACCGGCGAUGUUCUGCCCAUCAAUAGCUUCUCUCCCAUCGCUCCAGCUGGCAUCACUGUGCUGUCACAGAAUACUAUCGAAGGACCUUUGGCGGUCGUUGGACAGCUACCGUUCUUGAGUGCAGUGGCGUUUGAGGGUGCGCUGCCUUCUGAAGGCGCGGGCGCUGCUGGAUGCGGCUGCGGUACCGCCGGCAACAUUGGCAUCAUCAAGGAGACUUUCGCACCCAUUCCAGCACCAGCUCUUGGUGGAAUUGGUAUCGGAGCUGCUGGCCUUGGAUUAGGCGGAGCACGAUUGUUCUAA